AUGGGGACCGCUGGAACCACACAGCUGUGCUGGGUGAUCCUGAGCUUCCUCCUCCUCCAAGGCCACAGCUCCCAGCCCAUGACAAUGCAGCGCUCUAGGCAACAAGGAGCCAUCAUUCUAAAUCUGACUGUACUGCUACCUUCUCCCAACACAGCUGCUCCAGAGAAGGCCUCACAGGGCCCCACAGGUCCCAGUAAACCUGUGAUGUCAAGGUCAAGCACCAUGGAUGGUCACUCCCCACCCCAGCCACAGGAGCACACAUCAGGAUCUGACACCUCUCAAAAUGUUACUUCCAAAUUGGCCACCACGAGCCCGAAGACAAGAGAAGACCCCACCAUUCUGCCCACCCCUAUGUCAGAGCAAGUGCUCACUGUGGCUGCAUUUGGUGUCAUCAGCUUCAUUGUCAUCUUGGUGGUUGUGGUGAUCAUCCUGGUCAGUGUGGUCAGUCUAAGGUUUAAGUGUCAGAAGAACAAGGAAUCUGAAGAUCCCCAGAAACCUGGGAGUUCAGGGCUAUCUGAAAGCUGCUCCACAGCCAAUGGAGAGAAAGACAGCAUCACCCUCAUCUCCAUGAAGAAUAUAAACAUGAAUAACAGCAAAGGAUGCCGCUCAGCAGAGAAGGUUCUUUAA